AUGGAUUCGAAAAGUACCGCAGUGCCAUUCCGUCCAUUUUUUCAUUAUGAAAUGCGUAAUUUUUCUCGACGUAUUUAUGAUGGAUUGUUGCUACUUUUGUUAUUGUUCGGUGUGACAGCAGUAGUUCACCGUCGAGGAUCCACAGAUAUGGAACCUGAGAUAUACGUACCCCGUGAUCAGGAUAUUAUAUUGGGAGGAUGGCAAGAACGCAAUCCGGAAGACAACGAAAUACUGAACCUAUUGCCAAGCGUAUUAAGUAAAGUAAAUCAACAAUCAAAUGAUGAGUAUCAUUUAAUGCCAAUCAAAUUAUUGAAAGUUUCAUCGCAAGUUGUCGCUGGUGUGAAAUACAAAAUGGAAGUGCAAGUUGCUCGAUCAGAAUGUAAAAAAAGCUCAAACAAGGAAGUUAAUCUGAAAGCGUGUAAAAGAUUAGAAGGAUACCCAGAUCAGAUUAUCACGUUGGAGGUAUGGGAGAAACCGUGGGAAAAUUUUUUGCGCGUCAAUAUCCUGGAAACAAAGUCAGUCUCAUAG